AUGGCAAAACGCUCUGCUUCAACGCUCUAUCUAUUCUCCUCCUUGAUCUCCACUCUGUUCUCUUAUAUGGAAUGCGCAGGAAACAUUAACUUUGCUUUCCCUCCCCAAACAGAUAUCAAAGUAGAUCCUGAUGCUUACUUUGAAGGGGACACAAUACAACUCACCAGAAAUGAAUUCCUAGGUGAUUUGGGAUGGAGCUUCCUUAUCAGAAACUCAAGCACUAAUUCCGCAGACGGACUCACUUUCUUCAUUGCCCCUUUCGAUUUCAAACCACCUCCAAAUUCUUGGGGCGAAUGGCUGGGCCUCUGUAACCUCACCACAGACGAUGUCAAUUCAACUGUUUCCGUGGCGAACGUUUCGCUUAGCUCGGAAGGUAGAUUCCUAAACAAUACUCUCCUAAAUGGGCAAUCUUGGGACUCGUGCGUGUAUUACAAUGGGAGUACAAAGCAGUUACAGGUAUUUCUCUUAUAUAACCCUUCUGCUAAUCUGUAUAAUAUUUGUAAACCCAGAAGCCGGAUUUUGAGUUAUCACAUAGAUCUGCGUGACUAUAUUCCGGAAAUUGUCACGGUUGGUCUCAGCGCAUCCACUGGAUUGGUAUUUGAAACUCUCACAGUCUCAGCGUGGAAUUUUUCUUGUACAUAUUCGUGGGAUAUUUCCUCUGCUUUAAGUUUUCUUGAUUUCCAGUUGAGAACACUGCUUCUUCCCUCAAUAAAUUCUCUGUCUGCUGAUCACUAUCAAACACUUGCCAAUGCAUGCUGUUAUCGGGUAUAG